AUAUGUCAGCUCUGUGAUUCCUCAUGCAGACAUUGCUCCGGUCCUGGACCUAAUCACUGCGUUUCAUGUAAAAGCAACAGUGCUUGGUCCCCGGCAGAAAUGAGGUGCAUUCAGUGCUGUGACGCACAGAUUGACCAGGAUGACUGCUGUUUUUGUGACUCAAACUCUGUCUUGUGUGUAAAGCACCUGCAGGUGGAAGCAGAACAAGUAGCUUUGAAGAACCUGAAGCAAAGUCUCAUAUCUUCUCACAAGGUCUAUCAUCCUGCUGUGGCUCCUACUUUGGUUCUCCUGUUGCUAUUCUUCAUUAUCGUAGUACUUAGUAUAUGGCAAGCCAAAUCCAAGAAAAUGUUAUGCUGGAAACAAAGUUAUGAAAAGCUAGGUGGUAUUUCUCAAGCUGUCUCCUUCUACGACAAAGGCGAAAAUAAAAUUGUCCUGAAGAAAGGUUCUGAUACUGAAGAUGACAGCUUUGAUGAGUGUGACAUAGUAUAUAGCACCUGUGAUGGGACUAUUUAUAGAAAAUUAAGCUUUAAACAUAGUACAGCUGACAAGGAAGGGGUGCAUGAUCAACUAUAUUUAGCCAAAUUGUGAAAGUGUGCCAUCAUCUGCUCAUUGCUUUCAUCUUUGUAAUAGUUGGGCAUGAAAUGAUAUAAUCAACUAAGCAUUGAAAAAUGAAGUACAUUACAGUAUAUGACCAAAA